GGCCACUGUCCAAACAGUAUAAACCGAGCCCCGGAUGGCAGCCACGCCUCCCAACCGCCCAACCGCCGGACACUCCAAAAAUGUACGAAGAUUCUUGGUACAGCUUCGUGCCGGACUUCCAGCAGCAGCGCCAGCCGCCUCCAGGAUCGCAGGGCGCCAGGCACCGCCGGAAAGAAUCGCUCUUGCAGCAGCCGGAUGGCUCCGCAGACAGCUCCGACGCCAUCGAACCUCUUCCUGCUCUGUUCGAAGACCUCGAGCUUGCCAACUCGCCGCCCGACCCAACCCUGUCACGCAGGGCCAAGUCGUACUCGAAUUUCUACGACAUCGUAAAGGCCCAGCUGUCUAGCCAUGGCCCCAAGAAGAAGCGGAGGACAGGCAAGAAGAGACAGAGCGGGCGCGCCUGGGAGGCAUUGGCCGUCCCCGAUUCCGUGGCGGCGACGCUGCCCGUGGAAGAGGAGGAAGGCUACGACGACGCACUGGCACAGGAGUUGCUGCGGGCGAGCCAGCAGGAAUACUUGCUCUACCACGAGGAACUCGCCAUGACGGAACGCCACCUCGGCUCGCUCGUUGCCGACGCCAACAGCGCGCUCAAGGCGCUAGAAUCGCUCUGCCAGUCCUUCCGCGCAGUCGAGGAGCAAACGAGCUCCUUCCAGGCCCAGUGUGAAGGCCUGGUGUCGGAGCAGAAACGCCUGCAGACGCUUGCCGACAAUGUUGGUUCAGACCUCCAGUAUUACGCCUACUUGGACUCGGCGACCCGGCGACUCAACGCCCCCGGCGCCGGUCGGCUCGUUGAAGGAGGUAGCUUCGCCGAGAUUCUCACGACUCUGGAUGCUUGUAUCGAAUUCAUGACCAAGAACUCUUCAUAUCGAGACGCAGAGUCAUACCUCGCGCGGUAUCGGGCGCUGCUCACCAAAGCGCUACAUCUGCUCGAGGUGGGCUUCGUCAACCACUUAAACAAGGUGUCUGCCGAGAUUUCGCAGCAGGUGGCAGCGACGCAGUCCGAAUCAGCCCGGCACGCCCUCGCCUACGGCCGCUUCGAGGAAGUGUUGCUCGAGUCGUACUCGCUGAUCCCGAAUGUCCAGGCGGUCGUGCGCCGCGCCUAUGACCAGGAUGGCCAGCCGACACUGUCCUCGCUUACUUCCGACAUCUACGCGAACACGGCCAACAACCUGUUCCACUCGUACUGGACGGCCAGGGAGCGGGACCUCCGGCCCAUCGUGCAGCACGAUCUCGACGUCUUCAAGGCCGAGGCCAAGGAGUCGAUAGAAACGGCGGCAAGGAAUCUUGUUAAGCAGUGCUUCGAGCACUCCCACAACGAGGCCUCCCUGUUCCGCAGCAUAUUCUCGAUUGACGUGCAUUACUCGGCAGACCCGGGUUCGGCCUUCGCGGCUCUCAAGUCCCAGCGCACUGUACUCACCGGAACCAACGUGGCCCCCAUCGCGGCAAACCUGCAGGCUGUCCUCCAGACGAGCAACCUACAGACUAUAUGCAACCUGGUCGGAUGGAUCACCAAUGAGUACCUGCUGCCCGAGUACGACGAAGACGAGACGCCGUUUGUGAGCCGCUGCCGAGAACUGGCGGCCCGGCUGCUCGCCGAACAUCUCUGGACCUUUACCGACGCCUUCUUCGAGGCCGAGAUAACCAAGUCGAUAACCAAAGCCGCCGUUCCGCCCGAGGCCCUCAAGAUCGGGCCGGUAACCAACGGCGACAUCUCGUCAAAUGCCUUUCCUCCCGUCAAGCGGGCGCUGGAGCUUCUUGUGAUGUUUGACCAGUCCAUGCCCAAGGAGCGAUGUCAACGCAACAGCCCCGUGGUAUUCAAAAUCAUUAAAGAAUCCAUCGCGUCGCUUCAGCGCGCCGAAGCGCGCAUCAAGUCCUCCUCCGGCCCCAAGAACCAGGCGGCGACCGACCCGGACCUCUUCAUGGUCAAGAACCUGCUGAUCCUCAAGAACCAGCUCAUGACGCUCGAGAUCGGCGACAUCCGCGCGCAUCCGGCCGGCGCCGCCCCCGCCGCCUCCUCCGCCCUGGGUCUGGGCAACCUGCAGCACUUCGCGCAGAUAUGGGACACGCUGCGCCCGCAGAACCUGCUCGGCGGCCUGCUGAGCAGCUUCGGCAGCCUGUCCACCUACAUCCCUGGCUCGUCGCUGUGGUCGUCGUCGUCGUCGAACGGCGCCGUCACACAGCCGGCUGCCGGGGCCGGAACAGCGUCUGCGGCCACUGCGCCGAGGGUGGGCGCCGCCGCAGCGGGGGCCGCGGGCGCGGCGGAUACGCACGACGCCGGCGAGCAGCUGGACGCGCUGCUGCGGCAGGGCAUCGUGGCGUUUACGCGGCGGUGGGCGGGCGUGCUGAACGAGGCGCGCGGGAAUGGGCAGGCAAGCGACAACAGUGGCAGGCUGGGCGGGAAGAACCUCGCCAAGGUGGAGAGGGAGCUGGACGAGAUGCUGGAGCGCGCGUUCGGCGGGCAGCCCGAGGUGGUGGGCAAGCUGAAGGAGGCGAUCGAGAUCGAGGCGCAGGCGCAGGCGCAGGCGCAGGCGGAGAAGAGGAGCUACGUCACGAGGGUGUAGGGUAGGGUGUAGGGUAGGGUGGUUUCGUGGUUGGAGUUGGGAGUUCCUCCUUGGUGCCAUGGCAAAAGCCUC